ACCUCCAGCCCCGUCGGGAAGCGUCGGUCCCGGCCUCCCCGCUCCGCCUUCCUCCUCCGCGGCGCCGCGCGGGAGCAGCCGCGGGCCCCGGCCAGAGAGGAGCCCGAGCGGGGCAGAACCGCCCCUCACGCCGCCGCCGCCUCCUGCGCCCUGCGCUCCACCCCCAGCCGGGCCUGCUGACCGCGCCGAGCGCCGGGCUGGACUGACCGCGGCGGCUGAGCCGCGGGAGCAGCCGUCCCGCCCCUGAGCCACGCUCCGGCCGUCGCUGACGGGCUGCCUUGAGGCACCGCGGCCGCGGGAGGAGAGGACGAGGAUGUCGCGGCGCGGCGCCGGUGCCCAGGACAGACCGUGACUUGCGGCGCGGGCCGAAGACCCAGGCGCGAACUCGGACUUUGUCUUUGGGGGCCCGUGCUCAGCCCUUCCCGGUUUCCGGUGGGAUCCCAGAGGAGCCUCUGUUUCUCCAGCCUCUUCCACCAUGUCCAAGAUGCCGGCCAAGAAGAAGAGCUGCUUCCAGAUCACCAGUGUCACCACGGCCCAGGUGGCCACCAGCAUCACGGAGGACACCGAGAGCUUGGACGACCCGGACGAGUCGCGCACGGAGGACGUGUCCUCCGAGAUCUUCGACGUCUCCCGGGCCACGGAUUACGGCCCCGAGGAGGUGUGUGAGCGCAGCUCCUCGGAAGAGACGCUUAACAAUGUCGGGGAGGCGGAAACUCCCGGGACCGUGUCCCCGAACCUCAUCCUGGAUGGGCAGCUGGCAGCCGCCUCGGCUGCGCCCGCCAACGGAGGCGGCGGCGUGUCGGCCCGGAGCGUGGCGGGGGCGCUCGCCCAGACCCUGGCGGCGGCCGCCGCCACUUCGGGGUCCGCCCCGGGGCCAGGUAGUGCAACUCCAUCUCAGCCCCCCACCACUUGUAGUUCCCGUUUCCGCGUGAUCAAGCUAGACCACGGGAGUGGAGAGCCGUAUCGGCGCGGCCGAUGGACGUGUAUGGAAUACUACGAGCGGGAUUCAGAUAGUAGCGUCCUCACUAGGUCCGGGGAUUGCAUUAGACACAGCAAUACUUUGGAGCAGACUGCGGAGCGGGACAGCGGCCUGGGCGCCACCGGAGGGUCGGUGGUGGUGGUGGUGGCCUCCAUGCAGGGGGCGCACGGGCUGGACUCGGGAACUGACAGCUCCUUGACUGCUGUGUCACAGCUACCCCCGUCGGAGAAAAUGAGCCAGCCCACUCUCGCCCAGCCACAGAGUUUCAGCGUUGGGCAGCCACAGCCUCCGCCGCCCGUAGGUGGGGCUGUGGCUCCAAGUUCGGCGUCGCUACCGCCGUUCCCGGGAGCGGCGACCGGGCCGCAGCCAAUGACGGCAGCCGCUCAGCCAACUCAACUCCAGGGAGCGGUGGCCGGCGGCGCCCUCCCGGGGCCUGUUGCCCAGGGUCUACCACCGACGAAUGUAAACCUGGCGCAGCCUGUUGCCCUGGCAGCUCAGCCGGGCCAGGCGGUCGGCUCUUCGCUGCCACAGCAUCCUCAGCAGUUCGCGUAUCCCCAGCCUCAGAUACCACCCGGGCAUUUGAUGCCGGUCCAGCCCUCGGGCCAGAGUGAGUACCUGCAGCCGCACGUAGCCCUGCAGCCGCCAAGCCCUGCGCAGCCCUUGUCCACAAGUGCAGGCGCGACCUCUGCUUCUGCGGCCAGCUUUCCUCUGGGGUCUGGCCAGAGCGUCCCCUCCUUGGGUGCGCAGAUGAUGGGCACCUCUUCCCAACCCAGCGAAACAGUGGCCCCUGGUCCGGUUUCUGGCGGCCAGGCCGCGCCUAGUCAACCGCCUGGAGUGGCCGCAGCUGCUGUAGGAGGCGUGGUGCAGCCAGGCUCUGGGCUUACUGGGACUGGGCAGCCCCAGGCCGUGCAGCAACCGCCGCAGAUGGGUGGCAGUGGUCAGCUGUCGGCCGUGCCUGGUGGUCCUCACACCGUGAUGCCCGGAGUUCCAAACGUGCCUGCGGCGGUACCCGCUCCAAGCGUGCCUAGUGUGCCCACCACUUCUGUUACUAUGCCAAAUGUACCCUCGCCACUGGGCCAGGCUCAGCAGCUGAGUAGCCAUACGCCAGUCAGCCGGAGCAGCAGCAGCGUCAUCCCACAAGUUGGGCCACCCUUAGUGCAAGGCACACACAGUGCACCAACAAGUCUACCACAGUCUGACCUAAGCCAGUUUCAGACUCAGACCCAGCCUUUAGUCGGGCAAGUUGACGAUACUAGAAGAAAAUCAGAACCCCUACCUCAACCACCACUUUCUCUCAUUGCUGAAAAUAAGCCUGUUGUGAAGCCUCCAGUUGCAGAUGCCCUGGCAAACCCCCUUCAGUUAACACCUAUGAACAGUCUGGCCACCUCUGUGUUCAGCAUAGCUAUUCCUGUUGAUGGUGAUGAAGACAGGAAUCCUUCAACUGCUUUCUACCAAGCGUUCCAUUUGAACACGUUUCAGGAAUCAAAGAGCCUCUGGGAUAGUGCAUCUGGGGGCGGUGUUGUAGCCAUUGACAACAAAAUAGAACAAGCAAUGGAUCUGGUGAAAAGCCAUUUGAUGUAUGCAGUAAGAGAAGAAGUGGAAGUUCUAAAGGAGCAAAUAAAAGAAUUAGUGGAAAGAAACUCUUUACUUGAACGAGAAAAUGCACUGUUAAAAUCUCUUUCAAACAAUGAUCAGUUGUCCCAACUCCCAGCCCAACAGGCCAAUCCUGGUAGCACUUCUCAACAACAAGCAAUGAUAGCACAGCCUCCUCAGCCAACGCAACCUCCACAGCAGCCGAAUGUCUCCUCAGCAUAAAGCUUUCUUAAGCCUCCUUAAGGAACAAACUGAAAGCAAUCUUUCCUUGUGUGCCACUGGUGUUCUUUCCACUUUAUAGAAAGCAAGUAGCCAUGCUUCGGCUGUGUGCUUGGCCUUUUCAGUAUUAGACAAUCGUUCUACAGGAGCUUUCCCUCUCUAAGAUGUCAUGCAGCACUGUUGAUGUCCACUUGUAUGUCAUCAGUACACGAGGCGAAUAAUAGAUGGGGUUUAUUAAAGCAAGCAGAAUCUGCAUUCUACAUGUGCGCAUGAGUGGGAUCUUAAAAGUUUUGGUGGCUCUCCUAUGUUUCUUACCACCUAUGGAUUUACCUUGAGCCUUCCUGUCACAUAACAGUUCAUCUAAAGAGCCACUUUUCUUUCAAUAUCAGUAACAUUUGCCUACGUAAGUUUUCAUUUAUUUUGUGUUUUAUUUAUUACAGGGCUGCUAUUUUCAUAAUGUACAUGAACAAUGUCACAGAACUUUUUUAAUUUUUUUGAAUAAUUACAAGUAUCAGUAAAGGAAUUGAAAGACAGGAUUACAUUUAAUAAAACGUUUAGGCAAUAAUUGAACAAAAGAAUCCUGGCACAUUUCUAACACUAAUGGCAAUUUACCGUUGGUAUUUAUUUUCAAUAGUAAAGAUCCAGCUUGAAUGUAAAUUUUGUAUAGUUGUAAGUAUGAAAAACACAGUGCACCUGUACAGGUAGUCACCAGUUAUUGUGAUAUAAUAAAUAAUUGGGCUAUUUUCAUGAAGAAAACUUUGUUCAUUUGUUUCUACUUUCUAAUAGAAAUUGCCACGAUUUCUCUGCUUUUCAACAUUUCGUAUGACUUUUUUUUUUUUUUUUUUUUUUUUUGGGUGGGAAUAAAAAAGCUGUGAAAUUGUUCAACCUACUUUGUAACCAAAGAAGCAAAGCUGUGUAAUGGAGUUUUGUUUUGUUUUAUAAUGCACAUUCUUUAUGUAUUUUUAUUUAGUGUUUUCUUGGUCACAAUUUUCUUUGCUGUCUAGCAUGAUCUGCAUGGCCUGUAAUCUUUGAACCACUUUCGUACCUCAUGUUUUUAUCCAGCACUCUUAUUGUACUGUGUACUAGUCUGUGAACAAUGUCAAAUAAAAAAGAACGAACAGGUCGUAUGGUGGAGCUGAGCUAGUGUACAAUGCACCAGCUGUACAAAACAAAAAUGAAGUGAGCCAUCUUUUGUUCAUUUAAAAUGGUGUUUUGAAUUUCAUAUGCAGAAAACGUUUUGUUACAUUGCAAAUUUUAAUGUAUUUAAUAAAUGCAACAUGCAGAUUAAGUGCAGUGUAUACUGAGUAUUUAAAUUAAAAUGUACAUUUCAUAAAUACAGUUUCAAGAGAAAGCAUCAUUUUGUGUAUACUAACACAUUAAGUGUAUGUCAGAAAUUGAUGUAAAAAUAUAUAUUUUAACACAUUUUCUGAAAUUAAACUACAGUUUUGUUCAAA